AUUUCUGAUUAAGCCAAACAAAUGUACCGCUCAUUCCUAGAUUUACUUACCCUUGUAAUUGUACUCUUCCCGCGCAUUUUUGAGACAAUAUCGUUUUAGUUUUCUCGGCUACGGUUCGGUUUGAGUCAGAGAGGGAACACAAAAUGGAGGAGUGGAUCCCCCUGUUCGACAUUUUCUUGAAUAGUUCCAUCCCGGAAACCGAGGCUUCGCUGUGGCUAGACCAGGCUUCUAACUCUUCUUCUUCCUCUGCCGCGGCGCCGAUCAACCGGAGCUCUUUUGUUUCGCUGCUCAAGACACAGUGCGAUCAGAAUUCAUCUCCGGCGACGAACAAGCUUCUUUUCAUUGAGACAUUACCUAACAUUGUUCAGUCAAAGAUUCUAUCUUUCCUUCUUCUCGAGUAUCAGAGGUUUCGCGUUAGUGAUUUGUUUUGGCUGGCUAGAGAAAUGUUGCGAGGUGGUAGUGGUAAAGUUGUUGAUUUCUGGGUACAGAGAGAUGCACAGAACCUGCUCGACAGAAUUCCUAAACCAAAGUUUGAUUGGGUAUCUCAUCUAGAUUUGGAUUCGGCUGAUGACGAUAGCUUUAGGGAGGAAUUUGACUCUGUACCUGAUUGGCUCAGUGAGAAGGCUGCUUCUACUGGUACAAUUCUUCCAUGGCUUCCUGUAUCAUUCGAUGAUGUUGAUUCAGAAAUGGUGGUUGUUGAUUCUUGGAACGGAGAGGAGAUAAGUCUCAUCAAAGUGAAUAUGGAAGAAGAUCACCGAGAAGUUGUGGAUAACACUGAUCAUAUCAUGAAUGUUGGGUUACAGGCUGAUGAUUAUGAAAUGGCGGCGAAUCUUAGAGUUCAGAUUACUAGCUCUGAGUCUACUUCUGAAGUUUUAACCUUGUGUGAUGAAAUUCGGAGACUUAGUUUGGGGAAGGGUAGGGACUCUUUCCGAGUUUUGGCUUUGAUUGAACCUUGGAAUGCAGAUGAUGAGACUGCUGCAGUUUUACUUUCGAAUUUGCAUAGUGGAAAUGAGGUAGAUGAGCUUGGUUGGCCAAGUCAGGUUCUAUGUUCCAUCGUGCUUCCCAAGUUUUUGUCUCUUGAGAAAUCUGCCUCUCGUGUGUUGAUGUUUGCAACAAUCGAGUUUUGCAAGAUCCACCAAAGAGCAGCUGAGUAUGCGUUGGUGUUCCCGUUGAUAUUCAGGAAAAAAGGGUUAAACAACUUCGUUUGUGAGGUGAUUUCAAGGGUUUUGAAAGAAUGCUUGCACUUGGGUCAUAUUUCUGGUUUUUGCCAGAAGUUACUUUGUGGAAGAACAGAAGAGAGGAGGUUUAUGUUCCUUCCCUGUCACCGAGAUCUUAUAUCUGAAGAACUAACAUGGAAUGAAUCUCUGUUUAUCCUUUUCCAGAACAUCUUGAUCCAUGGCGUCCCUUUAACUCAAGAUUCCGUUGAUUGUCUUGUUUCUAAGGUUCAGGAAUUGGCUGAAAGGUAUUCCAAAUCUCUAAAAUUUGGAAACUUUUUGCUACAUUUUAUUGCCAAGUGUGCUCCGAUGCUACAGGCUCAGAAGUAUCAGUUGAUCGAAUCCGUAAAGUGCACUAACAGUCUAGUUACAAAAUCUAUCUUAUCGAAGCUCAACGCCCUGUAGUUCCUAUAGUAUAGUCUGUUCUGGUAUAUACUGUUCUUCUAUGGUGAGUUGAGCAUUCAUAUGGGAGCAGAUUUAGGACUGAACAAAACAUAAUUUUUGAUUAAGCGUUAUGAAGGCUUAUCUCAGUCAAAAUUUUCGUUUUGUUGGAACAACAUGGUGACAGGUAUGAACAGAGUAAAUGAAGAUUAUUCCGCUGAUCAAUUAGUAAAGCAGACAUGCCUUGUAAGGGACACAAGAUUACAAGACCUAAAGAAAAGGAGAAUUUGAUGGGUAAUUCGUAGCAAUUUAUGUCUAGAUAGUUCCUAGACUAACUCUACACUUCUCCAUGGUUUGACAUCUGGAGCAUGUCUUGUCUCUGAAUUCGGUGGUUAAAGAGCUCUGAAAAUGGCUAUUGACACUCUAUGAGUCUAAAGAGGAUUAUUAACAAACAUACUCAAGUUCAGUUCAUUUUUCCUAAAACGAAAAAAGUGAGAAACGAUAUCAUCAAACAGUCCCCUGCUGUGUACAGAUAUGGUGAGACCAGAAAAGUGAAUCGUACCAAGAUCACCGAUAGACAUGAGAUUGCGAUCUAGAUCAGCCACGAAUAUGAGCUGUAAUUUUUUUUUGUAGGAACACCUUAUUUUGUCUUUUUCUUUGCUCAUGUAAGUAGCACAUCUUCAGUGUAUUGUAAUUAUACCAAAGUGACCAACCCAAAUGAGAUUUCCUUCCACUA